GAAAUCCAGGACUCCUACAUGGUAGGUAGAGCACUUCAAAUGGCAGAAACAUCCUAUGAAGAUGGCUCUGACGACCAGUUGUACCAACAACUAGUGACCAACGUUCGCCAUCAUCUGAUCAUCCUCAGAACUGUCAACCUCUUGGAGGCAGCAAUGAGCAAAUCGAUUAUAAUUCUCCUCUUCGUUAACAUGGGCGCCUUAUGUUCUAACCUCCUCGUUGUCGGUGUGCUGUUGCAGGCUGGUGGGGGAGUGACACGACCCCUGACUCUGACCGCCACGAUACCCUUCCUGCUGUACCAGACUGGCAUGUUCUGCGUCUUCGGGCAGAUGGUAACCGACCAGAGUGAGGAACUGCUGAUCUCUGCAUUCAGAUGCGGAUGGAACGAGAGUGACGCCCGUUUUAGACGCAGCCUGCUGAUCUUCAUGGCGAUGGUGAAUCGACCUCUGGAGAUCACUGUUGGGAAAACCUGCAAACUCUCCAGAGAGAUGUUCCUGCAGGUGCUGAACGGAUCAUACACAUUGUUCAACAUGUUUUAUCAAGUUCAUAGUACUUCGUGAAAUAUUGGCACUGGCUAUGUUCUAGAAGGAGUCACCUCUUCAGUUCAUAAUCCAGUAAACCACUGCAAUCCCACG